GUGCGACGGAAGUAGAUUCUCUAACAAAAAAAAAGAAGAGAAUUCUGGCUGAUUCAUUGUAGCCAAUUACACUGACUCGACCGAUCACAGAAACACAGCCUUUUCAAAACACCUGAAAUAUUUGACAACAGAUCUCGAUAUGGAUCGCCUGCUGAGGCUCGGAAGUGGAAUGCCAGGACUUGGCCAGGGUCCCCCGACAGAUGCACCUGCUGUGGACACAGCAGAGCAAGUUUACAUCUCCUCUCUGGCCCUGCUCAAGAUGUUGAAGCACGGACGUGCUGGAGUACCAAUGGAGGUCAUGGGCUUGAUGUUGGGAGAAUUUGUUGAUGACUACACAGUACGAGUGAUUGAUGUGUUUGCCAUGCCACAGUCCGGAACGGGUGUGAGCGUAGAAGCUGUGGACCCCGUGUUCCAGGCCAAGAUGUUGGACAUGCUGAAGCAGACCGGCAGACCAGAGAUGGUGGUGGGGUGGUACCACAGUCACCCUGGUUUCGGCUGUUGGUUGUCUGGCGUGGACAUCAACACGCAGCAGAGCUUCGAGGCCCUGUCGGAGCGAGCCGUCGCUGUGGUGGUCGAUCCCAUUCAGAGCGUCAAAGGAAAGGUUGUUAUUGAUGCCUUCCGAUUGAUCAAUGCCAACAUGAUGGUGUUGGGUCAUGAACCAAGACAAACCACAUCUAACCUGGGGCAUCUCAACAAGCCCUCAAUCCAGGCUCUGAUUCAUGGACUCAACAGACACUACUACUCCAUCACCAUCAAUUACCGGAAAAACGAGCUGGAGCAAAAGAUGCUGUUGAACCUUCACAAGAAGAGCUGGAUGGAGGGUCUGACCCUGCAGGACUACAGUGAGCAUUGCAAACUCAAUGAGACCAUCGUCAAGGAAAUGCUGGAGCUGGCUAAGAACUACAACAAGGCUGUUGAGGAGGAGGACAAAAUGACCCCGGAGCAGCUGGCAAUCAAGAACGUUGGAAAACAGGAUCCUAAGAGGCACUUGGAGGAGCACGUAGACGUUUUAAUGACAUCCAACAUCGUUCAGUGCCUAGCAGCCAUGUUGGACACCGUAGUUUUCCAGUGAUUGGACUGUGUAUAACUGUUAAUAUUGCAACUUUUUUUUCCUUUUAUAUAAAAUAAAUGUAUGUAUGAAAUGAA